CCCAGGAGCUGACCCUGCUCAUCUCCCACAUGCAAGCCAACCCCGACCAGGUGGAGCGGGACAUCCUGGAGACGCAGAAGAGGCUGCAGCAGGACCGGCUGAACAGUGAGCAGAGCCAGGCCCUGCAGCACCAGCAGGAGACGGGCAGCAGCAGCCUGAAGGAGGCCAAGGUGCUGCUCAAGGACCUCUUCCUGGACGAGGACAAGGCCCAGCGGCUCAAGCACCCACAGGCUGAGGAGACUGAGGAGGACAUCGAGCAGCUGCACGAGCGGGUGACCCAGGAGUGUGCGGAGUACCGUGCCCUGUACGAGAAGAUGGUGCUGCCGCCCCGACGUGGGAUCCAGGGUCGACUGGGCACACGUGCUGGAGCAGAAACAGAAGCAGGUCUGCGCAAGCCAGUAUGGGCCGGGCAUGGCGGAGCUGGAGGAACAGAUCGCGGAGCUCAACAUCGUGCAGAACGAGAUCAACGACCAAGGAGAGCAGCUGCGGAGCCUGGUGGGGCCGGAUGCCGCCGCCAUCCGGAGCCAAUACCGAGACCUACUGAGGGCGGCGUCGUGGCGCGGGCAGAGCCUGGGCAGCCUGUACACGCACUGCAGGGCUGCACGUGGCUGCUGAGCGCCCUGGCGGAGCAGCAGCGCCUCAUCCUGCAGCAGGACUGGAGCGACCUCAUGGCUGACCCUGCGGGCGUGCGGCGGGAAUACGAGCACUUCAAGCAGCACGAGCUGCUGAGCCAGGAGCAGAGCGUAAACCAGCUGGAGGACGACGGCAAGCGCAUGGUGGAGCUGCGGCACCCCGCGGUGGGGCCCAUCCAGGCCCACCAGGAGGCCCUGAAGAUGGAGUGGCAGACCUUCCUGAACCUGUGCAUCUGCCAGGAGACCCAGCUGCAGCACGUGGAGGACUACAGCCGGAUUCUGUGUCCAUCUUCCUCUCCUCAUUGACUCUGCAUGAAGGGGAUUUCUGGUGGAGUAAGGGUGGCAGCUCUUGCCCCACGUGCAGAGAGAGAGGAACUUCCAGUGCCCGCUAUGGAGCCACAGCCCACAGCAUGGGGAAGUCCCCAUCCAUAGGCAGCGCUGCAGCUAGAGGUAGCUCCAGAGUCCUCCGGGCCCUGCACCGAUAUAGCCAAAGACCAGCAAAGCAACAAGCUGCCAGACCUCAUGCCACCUGCUGUAGCCACUGGGCUCAGCCCUGGAGCUGAGAGCGUCGCUGGAGAUAGACGUGGCAGAGAAGAGGUUGCGAGCAUGGCCCCAGCCAGCGGCUCCCACGCUGCCCCUAGUCCUGGGCAUGGAGCGAGCCUUGGUGUCAGAGACCAGGGUGUGCAGUCUGAGCUCCUCUACCUUACUAAAGGGAGGCCUCUUUUAUUUACCAGAGCCACAGCCCUGCUGCCUCAGGACCUUUUCAUUCUGCCGGUGCUGGGGCUGUCUAUCUGCAAGCUGGAGGUGUUGAGAGCAGGAAAAGGAGGCUGUGAGGAAGGGUUCGGGCAGCUCCUCCUGCUCUCAGAGGUGGCCUCCUCCUCCAGGCAUGGAGGUCUGUCCACUACUGGGCUUCUGGGCUAUUUGCCCCUGAUUUGCUCCCUGGUACGGGCUCUUCUUAACAGGCAGGCAAGGGGUGCGGGGACCAGGCGAGGGCUUCAAAGGGUACAGUACCAAAUCUUCCAAACUCAGCACUUGUGCCCUGGGGUCUCCAAACUGUCUUCUGCCCUAGGAUUUAUUCAUACUGUUAAAUUACCAGUUUAUGCAAAUGAUAUGUAAAUAAAGCUCAAUUUUUUGAAACUUC